AUGCCCCCCAAGUCCAAGUCCAUCUACCGCCAGCCGGGCGCGAAGCACUUUCAGCUCGUCCACAGAUCACAGCGCGAUCCCCUCAUCCACGACCCCGAUGCCAGUCAGCAUGUUCUAAGGCCCUUUGUGCGCGAGAAUGAAAAGAAGGGCAAAAGUCGCGCGGAGCUCGAGGAGAUCCUCACCCCUGCAGAGACCAACCAGCGCCCCAACAUCGGCGAGGCUGCGCUUUACGGCAUCUACUACGAUGACACCGAGUACGACUACAUGCAGCAUCUCCGCCAGGCGGGUGUCGAGGAGGAAGGCGUCGAUAGCAUCCUCAUCGAAGCGCCCGCCGCUGCUAAGAAGAAGGUCAAGGACAAGGACAACAUUGGGAUCCAACUUAAGGAUCUGCCCGAGGGUGUCCUCGCCUCUACCACCGAACUCCCUCGCAACUAUGAAUCGCAGCAGGCUAUUCCCGAGAGUCUUGCUGGCUUCCAGCCCGACAUGGACCCCCAUCUUCGCCAGGUUCUUGAGGCUCUGGAAGACGAUGCUUUCGUAGACGACGACCUUGAAGAUGACUUCUUCGGGGAGCUCGUCGCGGAGGGCGAGCGCGCAGACCCCGAUGAGGUCAAUUUCGAGUUCGCGGAGGAGGGUCUCGAAGAAGAGACUCCCGCUGCUCAGGAGGAGGACGAGGAUGUAGCAGAGGAGGAUCUUAGAUGGGAGGAGCGCUUUUCUCGCUUCAAGAAGGCGCAGAAGCAGGCCGACGUCGACGACGACCUCAUGAGCACUGACGACUUCCGAUCGGAGGGGGGUGACACGAUUGGUACACUACCUGCCAUGUCGGUCAUUGGCGCCAAGAAGCGGCGACGCAAGGGUACUAGCGACGCGUCUGGCUACAGCAUGAGCAGCUCCUCCCUUCAUCGUACGGAUACCCUUCAAACUCUCGACUCUCAGUAUGAUCAGGUCAUGGCGAAAGAAUAUAACGACGAGGAUGACGAGGACGAAGAUGAAGAUGAAGACGACAUUGACGAAGUCCCCGAUCUCAUCCUCUCACGGCCCGACUUCGAAGACAUGAUGGACGAGUUCUUGAAUGACUUCGAGCUCCUCGGGCGUAAAAUGCAGCACAAACUCGAGGGUGACACCGGCGUCGAGAAGCUGGACACGUUCAGGCGUGCAUUGGGAACCGUGCGCGAAGUGGACUUGCGGGAGACGCCCGACCGCGAUCCCAACGACAAUGAGCUCUCGUUGGACUCGGAGGACGAGAAGGAGGAUCAGUGGGAUUGCGAGUCUAUCCUAUCCACCUACUCCAACCUCGAAAACCAUCCCCGCCUCAUACGCGCCCGCGAAUCCGCCACCCGCCGCACAAAAAAGGCCGCCGUCCCCCACAUAGCACUCGACCCCAAGACCGGCCUCCCCAUCGUCACCCCACCCUCAUCCAACCCUAACACAAAAUCCGCCCCUCACUCCCGGCCCACCAAACCUCCUUUCGACGACGGGUCGUCUGGCUCUGACACCGAGACCGAGGCCACGCACCGGCAAACCAUCGCCCGACCUAAGAACGAGACUGCCGAGGAGAAGAAGGCGCGCAAGGCGGCGGUGAAGGCGGAAAGGCAGGCACGGCGGGUGGAAAAGAAAGCGACGAAGGAGCAGUUUGACGCGGAGAUGAAGAAUGCGAAGAGGAGGCUGACGACGAAGGAGAGGAAGACGAAGAAACUGUAG